AUGGGAGCGUGCGUUAGUUGCUGCAAGACACGUCACCAAGGUGAAGAAUACAGCCAAUUAUUGCUAGAUUCUGAGAGAGACGCUGUCGCUGAUCUACUCGCCUACCUCGAAAAUAGAGACAAUGUACCUUGGUUUGAUGAGCAGGAACACGAUACCACCGGUUCUGGCUCACCACUUGGUGCACUUACCACUUUAGCCUACUCUUCAAACGUCGAUCUACAAAGAUCAGCCGCCCUUGCAUUCGCUGAAAUCACUGAAAAGGAGGUCAGACAAGUUGGAAGGGACACACUCGAGCCAUUACUUUAUUUAUUAGCGAAUCAUGAUACGGAAGUACAGAGAGCAUCCUCAGCUGCUUUGGGAAAUUUAGCUGUUAAUACUGAGAAUAAGCUCCUUAUUGUUCGAUUAGGCGGUCUUGAACCACUUAUACGUCAAAUGCUAUCACCAAAUGUAGAAGUACAGUGCAAUGCUGUCGGAUGUGUCACUAACUUAGCUACACACGAUGAAAACAAGACAAAGAUAGCAAAGUCUGGCGCCUUAGUUCCGCUCACCAGAUUAGCUAGAUCGAAAGACAUGCGCGUACAACGGAAUGCUACAGGUGCAUUGCUUAACAUGACACACUCAGAUGAAAAUCGUCAGCAACUGGUUAACGCUGGUGCUAUACCCGUACUCGUGUCAUUAUUGGCAUCACCAGAUACUGAUGUCCAAUACUAUUGUACAACCGCAUUAUCAAACAUCGCAGUAGAUGUUAGCAAUCGUAAACGUCUUGCACAAAAUGAACCAAAAUUAGUAAACUCACUCGUCGCGUUAAUGGAAUCACCAUCACUUAAAGUACAAUGUCAAUCAGCACUUGCUUUGAGAAAUUUGGCAUCAGAUGAAAAAUAUCAACUUGAAAUAGUACGUAAUGGGGGAUUACCACCACUUUUACGCCUUCUAAGAUCAUCGUUCUUGCCUCUUAUUUUGAGUGCUGCAGCUUGCGUUAGAAACGUAUCGAUACAUCCAGCGAAUGAAGCACCAAUUAUCGAUGGCGGUUUCUUACAACCAUUGAUUGACUUACUCGGCUUUGGAGAGAAUGAGGAGGUACAAUGUCAUGCGAUUAGUACAUUACGCAACUUGGCCGCCUCCAGUGAACGCAACAAAGGUGCGAUCGUUAGAGCAGGUGCGGCAAGAAGGGUGAGAGAUUUAGUCAGAGACGCGCCAAUAGCUGUACAAUCAGAAAUGACAGCAUGUGCGGCAGUUUUAGCACUUAGUGAUGACCUCAAGAGUACACUUUUAGACAUGGGAAUGUGUGAAUGCUUAAUACCAUUAACGGCCUCACAAAGUGUAGAAGUACAAGGAAACUCAGCGGCUGCACUUGGAAAUCUAUCAAGCAAAGCUGAAGAUUACACUAUAUUCAACGAAGUAUGGUCGAAACCAGAAGGAGGACUUCACGGUUACCUUGUGAGGUUCUUGGGCAGUCCAGAUAACACGUUCCAGCACAUAGCUGUAUGGACACUGGUACAACUACUAGAGAGUGGAGACAACGACCUAAUAGAGAAUAUUAAAGAGUCUGCCCUUAUUUUGCCUUUAAUAAAGAGGUUAUCAACGGAGGAGUUGGGCGAAGAUAGUGAAUCAAGUUACAGCUACGAUAUUGAAGGCGAAGGCGAGAUAAAAGCGCUCUCAAGGAGAAUAUUAGAAAUUUUGAAUUGA